AGAAAUACUGUGGUAACUGGUACCUACGUAGAAUUACUUAUUACCUACAUACAGCUAGAAGAGAAGCGAGGUGUACCAAUAAUUCAAUUGUUUGAUACUUAUGUUGUGUCUUGAAACCUACAUAGGUACUUCAUAAAUUUUAAUAUAUUUAUCUACUUUAUUUAGUUUUAUCACUAUUUAUGGUACCAGGGUGGCAGCAGUUAGCAGUACCUACAGAUCAAGUAUAAUUUGCUUCACCAAGAAUUAUGGACAAAGAAACAAAGAGUGAAGUUGAAAAUUCCAAGAACGGAAGCACAAAUGAAGAGUGCGCCAAAAAGAAGAAAAAGAGUAAAAAACACAAGAAGCACAAGAAAGAAGUUAACGACGUUGCUAAGAAGAGACAUAAAAAGAAAAAAAAGUCGAAGAAGGAUAAGCGAGCGAACUCUGAGAGUGAAACUUCUCUAUCUGAUGUUGAAGACCUGAUUAGAAAAUCACGGCAAUGUAAAUCACAAGCAAAAGAGCCUCCAAUUGAGAUAAUAAAAUUAAGCUCUCCAAAUCCUAAUAAUGGUACUAUUAGUGCCUAUACUGUAAAGUCGGGAAUUAGCAGCAGAAGUACACUAAAGUUGUUUAAUAAAGGCAGUAGUAGUAUAGAAAUAAUUUCUUCCACUUCAGAGACUGAAAACUACCAAGAAGAUUGUGUUAGUCCAGAGCUCACGAUGAUAGAAGAUGAUCUUAAUUUAGAAGAGUUAAUGCAACAAAAAGAACUUCUACAAGCGCGAUUAGUAGCAUAUUCUUCAGAUACAAGUGACGAAGAAGCGAAAAAGAAGAGGAAAAAAAUCGACUAUAUACAUAUUAAUGAUGACGAGGUCGGGUCUACACGUCAUAAACGAAGUCAUAAAGAGUACGAAACAGAAAAGCGACGGAGCAGCAAACAUAAAUCAUGCAGAGAAGAACGAGAAAAGCAUAAACAUAGAUUGCAUCGCGAUCAAAGUAGCGAACACCGGAAGGAUUUGGAAAGAAGGCUAGAAGAUAGAGCAAAUCGUGAACGCAAGGAUAGAGAAAGACGUAAAAUAGAAGAACGUGAACGUGAGAGAGACAGAGAAAGAGAACGAGAGAAAGAACGAGAAAGGGAUAGGGAGAGGCGAAAAGAGCGUGAACGAGAAAGGGAUCGCGAUAGAAUAAACGACAGGAAAAGGUCAUCAGAACGACGGCGAAGAGACAGGGAAAUCGGCCGCAGCCGUCGAUCCCAGGAUCGCUCGCUGUCCGUGCGCCGUGAUCGCCGUUACAUGGACCGGGACAGACGAUCUCGAGAUAGAAGUCGUGAUCGCCAUAGAGGACAUUCACGUGAUAGAGGAUCAAAUGGCAGAGAGAAACGAGGCUCACCUACGGCUGUUUCCCACAUCGUCCCAAGUUCAAGUGACGAAGAGCUUGAUAUAUCUAUUAAUACAGAUGAGGAAGAAGAAACUGAAGAACAAAUAAUUGAAAAGAGAAGAAAGCAACGAGAACUUCUAUUACAGCGUUUGGGUACAAACAACAACAAUGACGGGAAAAAAGAAGAAAAAAUUGAGACAAAUACAAAGAAGACAUCAACAUCUGAUAGUAAACAAAUUAAAGAAGGUUACUCUGUACCUAUUCAUAAGGAGGACUCUAACAUUAAUAACUCGACUGAUGUCAAUAAAGAAACAAAAGAUCAAGGGGCGGAUAAUGAUACAUUUAAAUUAGAGAAAUCAACAAAAAAAAGCGAUUGGGAUAUGUUUGCAGUUCAAGAUAACUUUGAUAAUGUUGACACACCAACUGCUGGAAAACCUAGGAGUAAAUUGGCUCAAGAGAAUCCUUCCCUGACAGACAACUGGGAUGAUGCAGAGGGUUACUAUAGAGUUCGAAUCGGCGAAAUUCUAGACAAUAGGUAUUCAGUUUAUGGUUACACCGGCCAAGGGGUGUUCUCGAAUGUGGUUCGGGCCAGAGAUCAAGCACGCGGUAACACUGACGUGGCUGUAAAAAUAAUCAGAAACAAUGAAAUAAUGCACAAAACAGGUCUCAGAGAAUUGGAAAUUCUUAAGAAGUUAAAUGACGCGGAUCCAGAUGACAAAUUCCACUGCCUUCGUCUUUUCCGACACUUCUUCCAUAAACGCCAUUUAUGUAUGGUGAUGGAACCACUGUCAAUGAAUUUAAGAGAGGUUCUUAAGAAGUACGGAAAGAAUAGUGGAAUACACAUAAAAGCUGUCAGAAGCUAUACUCAACAAAUGCUAUUAGCGUUAAAAUUAUUAAAGAAAACACGAAUUUUACAUGCAGACAUAAAACCUGACAAUAUCUUGGUCAACGAAAGUAAACUUUUGUUAAAGUUGUGUGACUUUGGUGCAGCUUCGCAAGUAUCGGAUAAUGACAUUACACCCUACUUGGUAUCAAGAUUCUACAGAGCGCCCGAAAUUAUAUUAGGAGUACCCUAUGACCAUGGUAUAGACAUGUGGUCAACGGCUUGUACAAUUUAUGAGCUGUCUACGGGAAAGAUUAUGUUUAGCGGUAAAUCAAAUAAUGAGAUGUUGAAAUACUUUAUGGACCUGAAAGGCAAGAUACCUAAUAGAAUUAUUAAGAAGGGUCACUUCAAAGAACAGCAUUUUGAUGCCAACUUUAAUUUCAUGUAUCAUGAGUUGGAUAAAAUUACUGAAAGGGAGAAAGUGGUAAUAAUGUCAAGUAUAAAGCCAACACGAGAUUUGCUCUCUGAAUUGGCACCACCAUUGCAUCGGUUGCCGCCUGCAGAAGCUAAGAAGGUGACCCAACUGAAGGAUCUCCUCGAGAGGAUGCUCAUGAUUGACCCGACGAAGAGGGCAUCUGUUAAUCAUUGCCUUGCUCAUCCCUUUAUCCAGGAAAAAAUUUAAGUUUAACAAACCUCAUUCACAGACAAUAAUUUUUAUUUAAUACAUGUACUUUUAGUUCAGAUAAAUAGGUUAGUUGGGGAAGCCCGUCCGUGUCUUUAGUAAAAUAUGCAUAAACAUUUUUAUAAGUGUGUUAAAAUGGUAAAUAAAUGUUCAUUGCAUUGUGGUCUAAGAUCCAAAUAUAGGUCGACCUACACCGGCGUGAUAAUAGAAUGAGACCAAUUUUAUAAUAAAUUUAGUGUAUUAAAAAAUGUAUUAAAAAUGGGUUUACUGGGAAAAUCCUAGACAGGAUAUUUUUUAAUUAAUUAUUAAAAAAUCUUUUAUUUUCAUUUUUUAUUUAUUGCAGUUUCGAGAUAAUAAAACAGCGCUGACACAUUUUUUUUUUCAUCAUUCUAUCAAGUGAAAGUAACUGAUACCGACAUACCUGUUUAUACCUGCCAACCUAGCCGUUUGUCCUGGUAAAUAUUAGAAAACAUUCUGUAGUCAUACUUUAAGUCUAUUAUAAUUUUUUUUAUUAUCUUGAUACUGCAAUUAAUUAAUUUUUUUUAAUACAUUUUUUAAUAGACUAAAUUUAUUAUAAAAUUGGUCUCAUUCUAUAAUCACGCCGGUGAAGGUCCACUUAUUCGGAUCUUCUACUAUUACCAGACACGAGAUAGUGUGAAAUAGUUAUUUAUUUUUUGGUUAUUCGGUUAUUUAGCAUAGUUUUGGGCUAAACUAUACAUUAUAGGGCGUGGAGUUGAGAGUCGUAAUUUUUUUAUGGUUAGCUAUUGUCCUAUGGAACCUAAAUCUGAAAUUUCACACCGAGGAAACUUUCAGUUUUUGAGUUACGAAUUUUUGAAAAUUGGAAGAUUACUAGGUAUAGAAAGUUACUAAAUCUUGUUUUUGUUACGCAUAUAUUUUAUUGUUUUGACAAUGUCAACCUGACACACAGUACCUGCUUGAUCAUUUCAAGUACAACAUUUCUAACCAUUAUGUAGAGUAAUUUAUUUUGUUUAACUUUUUACGAAAAAAAAAAACGCUCCGAACUCGAAACAAGUUAGGUUAGGUUAUGAUAGAUUUUUUUUAAACAAUCGAGCGCAGCGAGCGGACCGUCUUGAAUUGUUUUAAGCCAAAUUUGAUACUGACAAAAUAAUAAAUAUGCGUAACAAAAACAAGAUGAAGUAACUUUCUAUUUCCGAUUUUCAAGAAUUCGUAACUCAAAGACUAAAAGUUUCCUCGGUGUGAAAUUUCAGAUUUAGGUUCCAUAGGACAAUAGCUAACCACAAAAAAAUUGACGACUCUCAACUCCACGCCCUAUAGUGUACAGUUUUACCUAGUUUUGUUUUUUUAUUUUUAUUUUUCAUUGCAAGAGUGAUAAAUUACAAAUGAAUGUCACCUUGCCUUAAAAGUUAAAAUUUUCUGUUUCAAGCAUUUUUUCUAUUACUUAUUAGUUAUUACUUUGUUAUAUUUACGUGAAUAUCAAAUUUGAUUAAGAAUACUAAAUAAGAUGUGUAGAUCAAUCACAUUCCUAAAGCGGUGUUUACACGGGUGACUAAAGCCGCACGAUUUCCGCCGCACGGCGAAAUUCGACCGUCUAAAUGGUAAUUCGGCUAGGCCGCAAGUGACUAAAAUCGGAAGCCCCAAAGUAGACUAGCAUCCGACUUUUGCCGCGCGGCGACCGGCCGCAUGCGGCUGGUGACUAAAAUCGAUCGUGGAAAUGCUCAUUCGCAGGCGACCGCUUGGUCAGACUGGUUGUCUCCGUUCGCUCGCUGAUCGACAUUUUGAUGCCAAAUGAACUAGUCACCCGCGAUUUUCAUCGACUCGUGUAAAUCGGGUAGCGAUUCGGCUAGGACAGGCGCGGGCGAUGCGACUGGUGACUUGCCGCACGGCUAAAAUCGACCCGUGUAAACACCCCAUAAUCCAUUGAAUUACCUGCUUAGGUAUUCUAACAAAUGGCAGAAUUCGUUAUAUUAUAAGCAAUGUUAAUCCAUAUUUGUCAAUGGUAAGUCACGUAGUGGACAUAAAGCUCUUGCAAAGCCAAAAAAGGGUAGUUGUUUCAGUUACAUAUUGAUAAUAUUUUUAGUAACAAUUAACAAAAUUGUAAAGAUUAACACUGACAAGUACAGAUCAACCCUAAUGGUAUCCUAUUGAUUAUUAUCUACUUAUAAGAGUUAGAUAUGAAUCGCAAAAUUUUUGGAAGAUUUAAACACUGUGCAAUAAUAAUUACUUGUAGGUAAUUAUUAUAUUUCAUUUUGUAUGUUUAGCAUAAAAUUAAGGUAAUUAUAGAAGCCUCGAAUGAGGAAUACACCUUUGUCAAACUCUUUAAAAAAUGGAUAUAUCUAACGA